AUGGAAAAACCGAUUUGUUUCGUGGGCGUGGCACUGGUGCUGCUGGUACUACAAGCCUGCGAAUUGGUGAAUGCCAGGGAUGAGGACAUCUGCCGAUUGUUCUCCAAUAACACUGUGAUCCGAGAUCCCGAUUCCUGCAGCCGAUCGAUAACAUGCAUCGAUUUUGUGAGUCACUACAGUAGCUGCUCGGGAGACACCCCGUUUUUCGACAAGGAUGUGGGCAAAUGUGUGAAGUCCCUGUCUUCCACGUCCAGUUGUUCGAUUUCCUGCGAGGGCGUGGCCAACCAUUUCCUGGCCGAUCCAAAAUCCUGCUAUGGAUACUACUACUGCUCGGAAAAGGAGAUAGCCAUGUAUGGCAAAUGCCCAGAGAACACUCACUUCAAUGCCACCACCGAAACUUGCACCUAUCAAUACGAAUCGGCCUGCACCACCAGCACCUUUGAGUACUGCAACAUAGUGGCAAACUCCGUGAAUUUCGACAAUCUGCAAGGAUGCGAUAAAUAUCACGUGUGUGAGAAGGGUAAACUGUCGGAUAAGACCUGCACGAAUCAAUAUUAUCAGGCCAGCUCGGGUACCUGUGUGGCCAAGGCCCUGGUCAAUUGCGAUGCCCAUCCAAAUGCAAAUAUGUGCGGCAAGGCCAGCAAGCCCACGGAAGACAAGUUCGUACCGGAUGGAGCCACCUGUCGUGGUUAUUUCUACUGUGCCAAGCAGGCGGAUGGCUCUCCGGACCAGAAUCCCAUCUGGAACCAGUGUCCCCAGGACAAGUUCUUCGAUGAGUCCAGCCAGAUGUGCAUUAGCCCCACAUUGGUGAAGUGCACUAACGAUCGUUGCGAUGGCCGUACUGUCGAUUUUGUCCUCAGUACCACUGUGGGUUGUCGGAACUACUAUUACUGCUCCGGUGGAGUCGCCAGUGCCGAGAAGUCAUGCGGCAACUACUUCUUCGACGAGGAGCUGGGUGGUUGCGUCCCGAAUAUUAAAUCCUACACUGCAUGUACUAAAUAA